CUCACAUAAUGUUGAUUGAAAGAGAGUUAAAACGUCAAGUUUGACAACUAUAUUCCACAUUUAGAAGAUGACAAUCUUUAGGCGGCUUGUGUGUUAGCCAGAGCAGACUUUUCCAUGGUGUCCUGCCUUGAUAUGGAAGCGAUCAGAGACUCAACAACAGCACUUUUGGGGUGACUAGUGCAACAAGAUCACAUAUUGCUUUUCUUCAACAUCUUGUUCAGUGAUAGAUACCAUGUCCAAUCUAGCCGUGAUUCUAGUGAUUCAGCUCUUCUGUCUGUUUGUCACAACCAAUUUCUCACUAGGAACAGGAGGUGAUACCAUCUCUGCAAACCAAACCUUGAGUGGGUUUUCAACCAUUGUCUCUGCAGGUGGGGUGUUUGUGCUUGGAUUCUUUAGCCCAGGUCUCACCGAAAACUUCUAUGUAGGCAUAUGGUACCAAGUGGAUCCUUCCCGGAGUGUAAUUUGGAUAGCAAACAGAGAAAAACCAGUCUCUUACCAGUCGCAGCUAAGACUCUCACAUGGCAAUUUAGUUCUUUUCAAUGAGGCAGAAGCUCCAAUUUGGUCAACAAAUGUGAAAUCCACUAACUCAUCUGUUCAAGUAGUACUUAAGGAUGAUGGAAACCUGGCCUUAAUUGAUAUUUCCAAUCCGUCAAACAAUUUAUGGCAAAGUUUUGAUUAUCCUUUCCACACCUUUGUACCAGGUUAUAAAAUUGGAUACAACAAAAUAACCAAAACCCACCAAGUUCUCACUUCAUGGAAGAAUUCCACAGACCCUUCCCCUGGCCUCUAUUCUCUUCAGCUAGACGAAACUGACAACUCCUAUAUCCUACUCUGGAAUAGGUCCAUAAGAUAUUGGACUAGUGGACCUUGGAUCGGGCAUAAAUUUAGUUCAGUCUCUAGCAGAAUUCAAGAUAUGUACAAUUUAAGGUUUGAAUCGAAUGAAAAUGAAACCUAUGUUUCAUAUUCUGUUAAAAACAUAACAAUGAUACAUCGAUCAUUCCUCGAUGUUUCUGGGCAGGUUAAGAUAUUCGACUGGCAUUCUGCAUCUAAGAAGUGGAAUCUCCUUGGGUCUCUACCGAUACAACAGUGUGAAGUUUAUGCAUUUUGUGGAGCAUAUAGCCUCUGCAAUGAGAAAUCAUCACCCUUCUGCCGCUGUUCAACGGGGUUCAAGCCAAAGUUUCAGAGUGAAUGGGAUUUGAAGGAAUAUUCCAACGGAUGUAUUAGAAAUACUGAAUUGCAUUGUCGUAAUGACAGUGACGACAAUGUUGGGGGAGACGAAUUUCUUGAAAUAGCUUAUAUUACACUGCCGAAAAAUAAUCAAUCUUUACGAGAAGGGACCAUCCAAGACUGUGCAUCGACAUGUUCACGUAUGUGCUCAUGCAUCGCUUAUGCCCACAACAGAAGUGGUUGUUCAUUUUGGACAGAAGAUCUCUUAAAUUUGAAUGAACUCACUGUUAAUGACAGCAACAGUAAAAGUCUCUUCAUUCGACUUGCAGCUUCUGAGUUUCAAGAUCAUAAAAACAAAGCCAGCGAAUUUUGGAAGUCUAAGAAGUUCUAUGUCAUCCUGGGACUUGUAGCCGCUGCAAUGCUUAUCUCAAGCAUUGCUUGUUCCGUUUAUUAUCAGAGAAGAAAAAAACGGACCAAGAAUCAAGGGAACGAAAUGAAAAUCCAAACAGUUCCCUUAUAUGAUACUGAGAAACAAAUUGCCAACUUUAUAAGGUCAGGCCAGUUCAGAGAAGAUGAAAGAGAAGGUAUAGAUGUGCCCUUUGUUGUUUUGGAAAGUAUUCUAGUAGCUACUGAUAACUUUUCAGACACAAACAAACUUGGACAAGGAGGUUUUGGCCCAGUUUAUAAGGGGAAAUUUCAAGGCGGUCAAGAAAUUGCUAUAAAGAGGCUCUCAAGUGCCUCAGGACAAGGUUUAGAGGAAUUUAAGAAUGAAGUUAUGUUGAUUGCAAAACUUCAACAUCGGAACCUUGUUAGACUUUUGGGCUAUUGUGUUGAAGCAGAAGAAAAAUUGUUGUUGUAUGAAUACAUGCCCAACAAAAGCUUGGACACAUUCAUAUUCGAUGGAACACUAUGCGUGUUGUUGAACUGGCAGUUACGCUUUGACAUCAUUCUGGGAAUCGCAAAAGGUCUUCUUUACCUCCACCAUGACUCAAGAUUAAGGAUUAUUCAUAGAGAUUUGAAAACAAGUAAUGUUCUAUUAGAUGUAGAGAUGAACCCAAAAAUUUCUGACUUUGGCCUGGCAAGGAUUUUUGGGGGAAAACAAACUGAAGCGACCACAGGAAGAGUAGUAGGAACAUAUUUUGGUGUCAUGCUUCUAGAAAUCGUAAGUGGAAAAAGAAAUACAAGUUUUCACAAAUCAGGACAAGCCUUAAACCUUCUAGGAUAUGCAUGGAAAUUGUGGAAAGAUAACAAGGCGUUGGAUCUAAUGGAUGCAACAUUAAGUGAGAGUUGCAAUGUAAAUGAAUUCAUGAGGUGUGUCAAUGUGGGGCUGUUGUGCAUACAAGAGGACCCAAGUGAUCGUCCCACCAUGCCAAACGUGUUGUUUAUGCUUGGGAAUGAAACAGCAAGCCUAUCAAAUCCUAAACAACCGGCCUUUGUUGCGUGGAAAUCUCAUUCUUCCUCUGCCUCUUCUAGUAAACCAUUAUCAGUUAACGAGUUAACAGCUACCUUAGGACAAGGCCGAUAAGUACUACAAUUCAUAUCACACAAACAAAAUAUUCAAAUCAUUCGCCUCUUAUUCUCAAUUAUUUGCAAAAUAAUAACAAUUUGUCCCUCCCUUUUAUUUAUAUUGUUAGUUUUUGUCAACUUCAAAUUUAUUUAAACUAGACAUGUUUACCAAA